AUGCCAAAGGUACAGAAUGGUGGGCGCUCUGCCCGAAAAAAGCCCUAUGACACAGUUGAAGAUGAAGUUACAGAUAAAGAAAUGGUAGUGAAAGAACCAACUCGUGUAACCAAUCAUACCAAGGCAGAACUUGAUUUAUUCAGUGAACCUACAAUCAGUACAGCGAACAAAAAAUGUAGYUGGACUAAGUUUGCUCAAAGCCAGCAAGGAAUGAACCCUUUGAAAAUCAAAGUAGAGGCAUCAAGUCAUUUCAUCAAAUURAAAGAUAUAUCUCUUGAAUUUGAUGUCCGAUUCAUGGGAGCUAACAAUGCUCGUCUUGUCCRAACCGAUAUGACUGCACCARUCAACAACAUUGGUCAUUCAUUGAUUCAACAAAUCGUUMUGACCAUAAAYGGAAACAACGUGGAACAAAGCAGUAGUACCUAUUAUUACUACAAAGCAUAUCUGUCACGCWUGCUGGAAUUUGGYAUAGAAGAAAAAAAUACCAACUUAAGUAUUGAAGGUUUCUAUCCUGAUGAUGCAGGUAAAAUUGAUGAAACAAACAUGGCACCUCAUCUAGCUGCAGSCUAUCAAUUCGGAGGAGCAAAUGGUSSUGUUGGAACUGCUGGAAGUCCAACUAAUGCGGAAUUGAACCRAGUURUUGGAAAUUUGGUUAAAGCACUAUAUGACAAGCAAAGCGUURUUCUUCCUUGCAAUACAGGAGCAAUAAAGAGRCACAAACUAUGCUGUAGUAACAGAGAUGUUCACUUUGAAAUUCAUCCAGAAAUUCCUUUAUUGAAAAGUGAACGUUAUCUCCCGCCRGGAUGUGAAUURGAAUUCACCAUUUAUUGGUCACGUCCUGAAKUGGUGUUUCAAGCAGACCAAGSUCAAGCAAACRMKMAWGCACGGACUCCGAAGUUCAUGAUAGUAGAUGGAAGUCCUAARGUGAAUAUCAAGAACGCUAUGAUCGAUGAACAGCUACACAUUGAACUGGAAUCGAAAAUGCUGAAAGAUCAAAUGAUUGCUAAAUACCCUGUGAUGAGCCAACCUUUCAAAACUGCAGUCAUUCCUGAUGGUAGACGUSAAUAUGAAUGGUAUAAURUCUUCUCAGGGAAAGUCCCAAAUUAUAUGAUUUUAACAMUACAGAGAGGAGAUGCUCUACAAGGCGACUUAGAGCAUUCAUUCACCAACUUGCAGAGACACAACUUGUCAGACAUUCGUGUAACUCGUGGUGGUGAAGAAAUCCCUCUUCCAAGAAUGAGUUUUCWCAAACAUUAUAAGGAAGAAGGAUUYAAAGCUAUGCUGGAAUUUACAGGACGUGGUAUUGAAAGCCCRCCYCUUGGUGUUUCAAGAGAGACCUAUCCCGAAGGGUAUUUCAUGUUGCUGUACAACUUCAAUCCYGAUGGCGAACAAAACUUUGAUCAUGACUAUGAUAAAAACAACGGUAUCGUCRAUAUCCAUGUUAMUUUCUCGCAGAACACUGCAAACAAUACAACKUURUGUGCUMUGGGCUAYAUAGAAAAUCARGUAUGGAUUGAUGGAAACAAGAAUGUCACCGUGAAGAACGGAACAGCAGAGUAA